GCUCCCCUGGGCUCGGCGGCGGGUAGUGCAGCCCGCCCAGCGCGCUCGCCCCUCUCCUCUGGGUGGCCCCCGCGCACGGGCGGACACUCAUUCCACCCGAGAAGGUGAGACGCGAGGAGGCUGGUGCGGAACUUGCCGCCCUAGCGCAGCCCGGCCAGCUCAGUCCCGGGGCCAGGCAGACAAAAGAGGCCGCCAGCGCAGAAAGGCACGGGCGAUGGCCGGGCGGAGAGGCCGGGCGCUGCUGGCGCUGUGCGGGGCACUGGUCGCCUGCGCGUGGCUGCUGGGCGCCGAAGCCCAGGAGCCCGGGGCGCCCGCAGCGGGCAUGAGGCGGCGCCGGCGGCUGCAGCAGGAAGACGGCAUCUCCUUCGAGUACCACCGCUACCCCGAGCUGCGCGAGGCGCUGGUGUCGGUGUGGCUGCAGUGCACCGCCGUUAGCCGGAUCUACACGGUGGGGCGCAGCUUCGAGGGCCGGGAGCUCCUGGUCAUCGAGCUGUCCGACAACCCUGGUGUCCACGAGCCUGGUGAGCCUGAAUUUAAAUACAUUGGGAACAUGCACGGCAACGAGGCGGUUGGACGGGAGCUGCUCAUUUUCCUGGCCCAGUACCUGUGCAACGAGUACCAGAAAGGGAACGAGACGAUAGUCAAGCUGAUCCACAACACUCGGAUUCACAUCAUGCCGUCGCUGAACCCCGAUGGCUUUGAGAAGGCGGCGUCUCAGCCCGGUGAGCUCAAGGACUGGUUUGUGGGUCGAAGCAACGCCCAGGGAAUAGACCUGAACAGGAACUUUCCCGACCUGGACAGGAUAGUUUAUGUCAAUGAGAAAGAAGGCGGCCCUAAUAAUCAUCUGUUGAAAAAUCUGAAGAAGAUUGUGGAUCAGAACACAAAGCUUGCUCCGGAGACCAAGGCUGUCAUCCAUUGGAUUAUGGAUAUUCCUUUUGUGCUCUCUGCCAAUCUCCACGGAGGAGACCUCGUGGCCAAUUACCCGUAUGACGAGACACGCAGUGGUAGUGCUCAUGAAUAUAGCUCCUGCCCAGACGAUGCCAUUUUCCAAAGCUUGGCCAGGGCAUACUCCUCUUUCAACCCACCCAUGUCGGACCCCAAUCGGCCACCGUGUCGCAAGAACGAUGACGACAGCAGCUUUGUGGAUGGGACAACCAACGGUGCUGCUUGGUACAGCGUCCCAGGCGGAAUGCAAGACUUCAAUUACCUGAGCAGCAACUGCUUCGAGAUCACCGUGGAGCUGAGCUGCGAAAAGUUUCCACCUGAAGAGACUUUGAAGAGCUACUGGGAGGAUAACAAAAACUCCCUCAUUAGCUACCUUGAGCAGAUACACCGAGGAGUUAAAGGGUUUGUCCGAGACCUUCAAGGCCACCCAAUUGCCAACGCCACCAUCUCAGUGGAAGGAAUAGACCACGAUGUUACAUCCGCAAAGGACGGCGAUUACUGGAGACUCCUGAUACCUGGAAACUAUAAACUUACAGCCUCCGCUCCGGGCUAUCUGGCUAUCACAAAGAAAGUGGCGGUUCCUUAUAGCCCUGCUGUUCGAGUUGAUUUUGAACUGGAGUCAUUUUCUGAAAGGAAAGAAGAGGAAAAGGAAGAACUGAUGGAAUGGUGGAAAAUGAUGUCAGAAACUUUAAAUUUUUAAAAAGGCUCUAAUUAGCUGCUUUUGUUCUGUCUGUAUAAUGUAGUCUGAUGUAAUGUGGCCAUUUUCGUUUAGAUUUUAUGCAGUUAAUAUUUAACAUUGACUCCCUUUUUAAUUGUUUAAGUAUUAAUAGACAUUACUUCAAUAAUUACACUCUUAGGUAAAAAUACAAUAACUUGGCCUAUUUCUUCUUAUAUAACAUUCAUUUUCCUACAUAUAUUACACAAAGGAUGGUGGAGAAGGUUUACGUGAUGUGGCCAUGCAGUAUGCCAUGGUCAUUUACAAUGCAGGACUUUUUGAGUCAUCCUAGCUUUUAAAAAUUAAUGAAGUCCUUUUGAUGUAAUUGGUGACUGUCACAUAAUGAAUGUCGUAGGAAAGGUCAACAGAUACAGCUUGGAGCCGUGAGCACUAUAUUGAAAGGCCUAAAAAGCUCAGUAUAAAUUGUCAUUUGUCUCUUGUGCUGACCAGCUAUAUAAGCAUGAUCUUUAUGAUGCAUUUUUGAUGGGAAGAAAACGUAAGUGUUUAGCAAGAGGUUUUACGAAGGGAAUGGAAAUCGACUUCUUGGCUUGUACAUAUAGGGGCUGUACAGCCCUCUUACUCAGCCUGUUAACACUACUUCCAAGUUUAGGGUUUUCUCGGGUUGUAGACUGGCCCAGAAUUGCAUUCUAAAUUAAUAAAGGUUUAAAAAUAU